AUGGCUUUCUUUGGAUUUGAUACAACCCUACCCAGGGACCGUGAUGGUUCAGGGCCCAAAGGGUUCUUCGAGAACCCAGAUCCCUUUGCCGACAUUGCUCGAGCUAAUGCGCUGGGAGAUGACGACGUGAUUGAUUUCGAGGAUACCUACGAUGGUCUUGGAGACCAGCUUCCCGACGACCAGGACGAGUUCAACGAUGACACGUUUGGCGGAGCCGGCCCCGAUACAUCCGUUGGCAGAGACUUUGAUUUCUUUGGAAAGACUGCCCAGGUUUCUGACGCCAUUGGCGAGGAGCAGGUUCGGUUUAGCCUACAAAAUCCCAAUGCAGGUCGAGUCGCUCCCCAGCCCGCCCAAGUUCCUGUUCAGCCGGCCGCCCCCCAGCAGACUACCAAGCGCUCAGGCUAUGAGAAGUACUCGGAUCCCGGUUAUAUUCCAGACUUGCAAGCCAAAUCUAGUGUUUGGGGUGUCUCACAGAAGAAAGCCGAACCCGCCGCUGCUGCUGCCCCGAGCCGGAAGAUGAUGAGCUUGGAAGAGGUCGAAGCACAGAUGCGUUAUCAUGGCCAUACUACCGCGACCCCAGCCGCAGAAGCUUUCCUGCGUUCCAUGGUGGAGCAGCCUCACUAUCUACCCCAGCUCCAGCAUCUUCAGACGCUUCCUGAUGGGUUCCCUCCGGUGCCCCCAGAGUUCAUCCAAGCACAGAUGAAACAGGGCCACCUACCCCCGCAAAUGCCGCACCCACCGCCUGGUAUGCCAGAGCUCUACGGUGGCCAUGGACAUAUGCCACCUGGUGCGCCGUUGCACAUGAUGCAGAACGCCAACCUCCCCCCGCAAAAUAUGCCGCCUCCUGGCCCGCGCCAUGGUGGUCCACCCCAGGCCCAGGCCCAGCGCCCUCAGCAACCCCAGCAGCCCCAGCAGCUUCCUCAACAUCAGCAAGGGCCGCCGCCUAGCCGGGGCUCCAACAAUGGAAUGCCGGUGAUCACUAAUCCGCAGCAACUCAUGCAUCUCACAGAAGAGCAGCGUAACGCUUAUUUGGUGGAGGAUGCUAAGCGGGCAAAGCGCAACCACAAGAUUUUCCUCCUGUCCCGAGGAAAUGGUCUGAUGACCCCGCAGGACAAGAAUUUCAUCACCCGUAUCCAGUUGCAACAGCUGGUCGCGGCUGCUGGAAAUGUCGCAGAUUCAGAUCCCGAGGCCGUGCUGGCGGAGGACUUCUACUACCAAGUCUACAGCCAGAUUCGUGGUGCACCACGCCAGCACCCCCACCAACCCCUUGGUCACUUUGCCCAGACUUAUCUGCUCCAGACCGGUAACCGGCUCGGCGGGCAUCGUCGGGGCAAUUUCCAGAGUGCCGACAACCACAUGCAGCGAAUGCAGCAGCAGGUCCAGCGCGCUGUAGAGGCGGCCAAGGCCAAGCCCAAGAACAAGCAGCUUAUUAUUGAGGGUAGCUUGGGCAAGAUCUCAUUUAGCAAUGCCAAGGCUCCCAAGCCGAUGCUGAACAUUAAGCGCCCUGAUAGCUCAGAGGGACCUAAGCCCAAGAAGCAGUCGGAUCUGAGUCUCAGUGACCGCAAAUCAAUUCUUACGAAUCUCGAAGGUGUUUACAGUGCAUUGAUGGCAAUGGAAGACAUGGAGCGCACGAUGCCGCCACCCCCCGAAGAAGGCGACGCCGAGGCAAUCCAAGAACACCUGGAAUGGAGACAGAAGCUUCACUCGCUCAACCAGAAGUUGUGGCGAUCAUUGAAGGUGAUGGAACCUAUUGUGCCCAACUCGACGACACCACACCCCUUUAUCGCAUUCUUGUCAUACCCUAAGGGCAAGAAGGCUAUUCCUCGCAUCUUCCGUCACAUCGACCAGGAACAACGUGUCACUAUCCUCACCAUGAUUGUCGUCCACCUGGAUAGCCUGGACGUGGUCCGCCUUGCUCAGCCUGUGCCGGGCGAGGCCCAGCCAUCGCUCGGUGUGCGCGAAGCCAUUGACCUGUUCUCGCUGGCUGUCAUGCCCUGCCUUUUGGGAUACGUGAACGAGGCGCCAUUCAACAUUAUCAUUGGUCUUUUGGGAUUGGUCAUCAACCAAACCCAUGUGCAGACCCUGGCUCGCACCAAGGUUGGCUUGGGCAUUUUGACCAUGUUGCUCAGUCGUGCUGAGAUCGUCAAGGAGGCCGGUCAGGCCUCUGAGCACGAUUGGCAGCAGUGGGUUGAGAAGUUCAAUGUGCUGUUUGAUACAUUGGAACUCGGGUUGAAUGACAUUUUCCCGGGAUCAAUCAGCUCCGGUGACGAUAUGUAUGUGUGGCAGUUCCUUGCCGCCGUAGGCAUUGGCGCCAGUCCUGAACAGCAGCAGCGUCUGGUUAUUGCCGUUAAGGACCGUGUUAUGGAAACCGUGGGAUACAGCAAGACCCUUCCUGCCGAUAUGGGCAGUCAGCGUCUGAACAAUGUCAACCUUUUCAUGCGGGCCAUUGGUCUGGAUGUUGAGCUCCUCGGUUAA